AUGUUUCCCAUCAACCCGUCCGUCCUCCCCUCGUUGCCCAUACGGAAGGCCCUCCUGGUCCUUGACCUACAGAACGACUUUGUCUCGGCCGACGGGGCGCUCCCCGUGAAGGACCCCAAGGGCUUAGUUUCUCGGACUCUCAAGGUCGCCAAGGCGUUUCGCGCCUCAGGCGUUGGAGAUGUUAUAUGGGUGCGCAGCGAGUUCGAUCGGCACAGGCCAUUGUCGUCGGAGAGCGACCAGAUCGCAACCUCAGACUCCCCGCAGCUGGCCAGGCGCACCACUGCUAUGAUGAGGGGCAGGCAGCCCGCAUCCGGACGCCACGACCAGGCUGCUAUGGAGGCCGACGAGGAAGCCUUCCUGACUGUCCCUCCUGGGAGUGAGAAGCCAGCUUGCGUAAAGCCGGACACUGAAGGUUCGCGGCUUGUCGCCGAGGUUGAGGAAGUCAUAGACGCCGCCCGGGAUUUCACUCUUACCAAGACGCACUACAGCGCAUUCGCGACCGGGCAUCAGCUGCUGCAGCUGUUGCGGGGCCGGUUCGUGACAGAAUUAUACGUCUGCGGAGCGCUGACGAACGUCAGCAUCUAUGCAACUGCGCUGGACGCAGGCCAGCAUGGGUACGACAUGACGAUAGUGGAGGACUGCUGCGGCUACCGGAGCGACAUGCGACAUGGCAACGCCCUGCGCCAGCUGAUGGACCUUACCGGCUGCGAUGUAAUGGAAGCGGCCGACGUCAUCUCCAAGAUGAAGCCUGCGGAGCCAGACAUCAAAGAGGGAGGGGACGGCCAGAGACACGACAGACGCGGCAAGACAGGUAGCAGGAGCGGUGGCGGAGAGAGCGGAAGCGGUAACAGGAAGUCACCCGUACGUCCACUCGCUCCAGCAGAAGACGACUCGUCAGACCUGCACUUGUCCUUGCGCGACUUGACACUAAGUGGUGCGUCUCAUCCAGCUCCAUCUACACCGCCGCCCAAGCCAGAAGCAAAAACCGCUACGCGCGCACAGCCGCUUCAGCCCCUGGUAAAAGACACCGCGUCAACCAAAUUGCGCCGCAGUCUUUUGCCUGUCGACAACAGCCCCUUGGAAGUCGAUCCCGAUCCGAUAGGUCCAUCAUUGCCCGAUGAUGGUGGGGUUGGGGAUGACUCACGGAAGCCAAUGGAUGGUGGUCGAAGUUCACUAAGUAACUUUAGAAGCAGUGGCUUAAAAGGGCCGCCUGGCAUCCGGAAUCCAACGCGGAGGACAGAUGCGAGGAAACCAUCGACGCCGUCUCAUCCUGCUGUUGAUUCCAAAUUGUCCGGGGGAUCUAUCCCGCGUAAGAUAAGCCCGAUCCAAGCCAAGCCCACAAGUCACACCACAAGGCGACAUCCUUCAGGAGAGAGCACAUCAUUCUUGUCAACAAUGGAAGAGCAAACCACCUUCCACGGCGCUGUCACCUCCGAGCCGCUCUGCGAGGGAGAUACCACCAUCAUCCAAAAUGUCCUGCUUCCCGACCUGGCGUCGACAGCCUUUGAGCGGCUAGAGGCCGAGGUCAAGUGGGCACGCAUGUCACACCAAGGCGGGGAGGUCCCACGUCUUGUCGCCGUGCAAGGUGCAGUUGACAGCGAAGGCAACAUGCCAGUAUACAGACACCCGGCUGACGAAUCGCCACCUCUGCUCCCAUUCUCGCCAACGGUUCUGGAGAUCAAGGCCGAGGUCGAGAAGCACCUGGGACACCCCCUGAACCACGUGUUGAUCCAGUUCUACCGCGACGGCAACGACUACAUAAGCGAGCAUAGCGACAAGACGCUGGAUAUCGUCCACGGCAGCUUCAUCGCCAACGUGAGUCUGGGCGCCGAGAGGACCAUGAUCUUCCGAACCAAGAGGCUGGAUAAGGACCCCUCAAGGAAGCAUGGCAAGGCCGGCGCCCGCACCGACUCCUCCCCGGCCGGCCCGGACACCACCGCCAAGGGUGAUGCCGCAGAACCCGAAAACGACCCUCCCAAGCGACAGGUCCAGCGAGCCCGCCUCCCGCACAACUCGCUCUGCCGCAUGGGCCUAGUGACCAACAUGCGCUGGCUGCACUCGAUCCGCCAGGACAAGCGCGCAGGCCGUGACAAGGACCCCUCGGAGCUGGCCUUCGGCGGCGCCCGCAUCAGCCUGACCUUCCGGCACAUCGGCACCUUCCUGGACGCGUCCCAGUCGCUGAUCUGGGGCCAGGGCGCCGCGGCCAAGGACCGCGCCGGGGCCCGCGCCGUCGCCAAUGGCCAGACCGACGAGGCCACCCGCAUGCUGCGCGCCUUCGGCGCCGAGAACCACAGCUCCGAGUUCGACUGGCCCCGCCACUACGGCGCCGGCUUCGACGUCCUGCACGUCGGCGUCACAGCCCCGCCGCAGCCACAGCCACAGCAGCCGCGCUGGUUCCCCGGCGCAGACGACGUCGCCAACGCGCGCGUCGCCCUCACCCUCGCGGGCCUGGGCGUUUCGUGCGUCAAGGGCACUGACAGCGACAGCAGUGGCACGGGCUCCGGCCCCGCGCCCGACGCAGUCCGCCUCGUCGACGAUGACGCCGUCGUCGUAGAGGGCCACCAGGCCAUCAUGCUGUACCUCGACGCCGUCCACGGCAGCUCGCCCCGCGGCGCCCCGCCUCCUCCUCCUCCCCCUCCCACCCCGCGGUCCGAGCUCGCCAGGCGCCUGACCCGCUUCCAGCAGGCGUCGGCGCUCCUGGAGCAGUGGCGCGCCGCAGCGCCGAGCGGUCGGGGCGCGGCACCACCAUCUGCGCUGCGGGCCUCCCUGGCGGCCUGGGACGCCUACGCCAGGGAGGCGAGAGAGGUCGCCGCGGCGGCGGGGCGGGCGGCGUACAUGGCGGGCGGGGAGCGGGCGUCCAUCGCCGACUAUGCUGUGUGGCCUGUCCUGCGGGACGUGGCGCGCGUGUGCGGCGAGGGGUUCUUGGAUGGGUAUGAGGACUUGGCUGCGUAUUAUAGGUUGAUGAGGGGGAGCAGGGCUGUUAUCGAGGUAUUUGGCGAGGAGGGGGGAGGUGGUGAUGGUGAUGAUGGGGCGUUGACGAAGUGAUUUUGUCGAGCGUGUGUAUAUCGAGGACCGGAUCCUACCUCCUGGCGGUGCUGGUGCAAAAGAGGGAUGUUAGACAGGAAGCUUGGAUAACAACAUGGUCUUGGAUAGAUGAACCUGGAGCUUCAUUGUACGGGGAUAUGAUUUGGUAUACAAGGUGCUUGCAUAACUGGAAAA